GGAAUCCAUUCCCAUUUUCUCCUCUUUCUUCCCCCAAGACCACAAUCUACCUGAGCUAUUCUUCCAUCCUUGCCCUCCCUGUCACCCAAAACACUAACCGACUUCCCUCCUCCAUGUACGGCACUGCGUGACUGGCCAAAAUGGGCUACUACAAAAACUGAAAGGGUGGACUUGCUCAGCCAGUCAGCCAUCGAGGUGGAACCGAGAGCUUGGCCAAGUGUGGAGACAUCAUCCGAUCAGGUCAUUGGUCCAGAGCUCCACAGUGUCCUUGUUGCCCCCAGAGCCAAAACCGAGUCCUCUUUCUCCCUUUCCUUCCUUUACUUGCCCCCAAGAAACAAGAGACAAGAAUCACUCAUUAAAUUCCUAGCCCAUCCAAAUUCAACCCAACCCGGCCGCCCCCAGUGCAGCAAAACACACCCAACUGGAACCCGCUCACAGCAGAGAAGCGCCGCCCACCCUGAACGAACCACAUAGCAACCAGCGUCAUACCGCCGCCUUUCAAUUUGCAACACCUGCAAAGGUCCCCAUUUUGAAACUUUUUUUUUUCUAUGUGUUAUCCGGCUCUUUUCUCAUUUUCAAAUUCUCUUUCCGAAUUUUAUCAACUUUGAGAUCAUGGCGGAUCAGUGCAUCGUUUGUUUAGAUGCCUUAGAGGUGGCCAUUUUGGCUGUCGAUUUGGCGACGUUCAAAGGCCUGGAGGACCCAGGCGGUCGCGGCGGAGGCGACACGCUGAGCUCCCAAAUGGUGGCGGACUCAGCGGCCUCAUCCACCACUACCACCACCACUAACAGUGCUGACGAACGCAACCCCGGACAAUCCAACAACGAAACCGACGUUGCUGUAAUAAAUGCAUGCGGACAUGCUUUGCACAAUUGCUGCUUGCUAGAAUGGGCUGGCAAAGCAAAUAGCUGUCCAAUUUGUCGGCAGACCUUCAACGACGUGAGCGUCUAUGAUAAGGUCGGAGGAAACCUCCUUAAAUCGUACACAGUCGCAGACAAGAAACAAGUUGCCGAAUUCGAUCCGCAAGCAUGGGCAGAAGAGAACCCAGAAGAAGAGGACCUAGAGGCACACCCUUGCCCCGUCUGCAACUCUUCCGGUGACGAAGAAGUGCUUCUUCUGUGUGACGGAUGCGAUGCAUCAUACCAUACCUAUUGUAUUGGCCUAGACGAAAUUCCGGACGGCUCCUGGUUCUGCAUGGAGUGUGCCGAGGAACUAGGCGGCAUAGGCAUCGCUCGAUCUCGCGCUCGUUACCCGAUAGUGAGCAACAGCAGACGUGGACGACGCAACGAUUUCUUCCCCAGGACACAAGCAACGAUGCGUAGCGUGAGAAGGCGUGCGCGUUCGGACGAGUGGCAAGGUGCCUGGGGCGAAAUCACAGGACUCAUCUUUGAUGCGAUCAAUAUCGACCUCGACUCGCAUGAUGGCGACGAUGCUCUGGAGGAGUACAGAAGGUCAAGGCAGCUGCGAGAACGUGAGCAGCGCGAAUAUCAACGCUGGCAGCAACGCAUCAAUAUCGCCAGAAGACUUGGUGCUCAGGAAGUUUUCUCGAGAAACAUCCCGCCGUCCAUCAUCAACAAUACCACCGCCGCGCAGGCUCCUGCACCCGCCCAAGAAAGUCGUGAGGAGCGACGUGCUUGGGCGACGCUUGAGAAAGCUCGAGAGGCCAACGGUGAGGGGCCUAGUCGGAAGCGCAAAUCUCGCUCCAUAACCGCAUCACCUGCGGAACCACCACCAGAGCCUGAGCGAAAGUUGAAGCGGCCCCGCGCACACCGGUCAGCUCCUGGCGCAUCGGGCGAGGGAUCUUCGUCAACAUCGGAACCCAGUCGCUCAGUGGCAAACGUCCGGUCGCCGCCUGCUCUCAAUGGAGAAGCACCAUCGUUUCUCUCUGUGCUUCUCAAGGAGGUAGAGCAGUCUCACCCGUCAGAUGACGAAAUCACUCGAAAUUUGUUACCUGAAAGCAUGGUUGGGGGAGAUGCAUAUGCAUCCUCGCCCGGAUCUUCUCCUCCAGCAUCGGCCUACAGUAGUCCACGAGCCCUCUCGCUCACUCCGCCUCCUCAUCAAAAUCAACAACCAUCAAACAGGUCCACUCGACCAUCGUCCCCAACCAUGACUUUGAGCUCAACGAUUGAGCCUGUAUACACCAAGGCAGCAUAUCGCUCAGGCAGGUCAUCGGGAAACGCCAGCGACUCCGAGUCGAGACCCGCAAAACCCGAGCUCCGACAACCCCGUCCUCAACGCAUCGAAAAGGCCAACCUUUCUCGAUCGCCAGAUGCUUCGCCGACAAAGUCAUCUCUGUCGCUUGAAAUGAAGCAGAAAAUCAACAACAUCGUCCGCAGUGCUCUCAAGCCGCAUUGGGCCUCCAGCAAGUUGACGGCGGACCAGUACGAAACUAUCAACCGCGACGUUUCUCGAAAACUCUACGAUGAGGUUACAGACCCCGCGUCCGUUGUCGACGCCGAGGUUCGGCAGGUGUGGCAGCACAAAGCCACCCAAGAAGUUGCGCGUGCCGUUUCAGGCCUUCAAGCCUGAUAAUCCGGCAUACUUUCCGAAGUGGCGGUGUGCGCAUUCUGCCAUAUGUACGACCAUUGGGAUGGGUCUAUUUGCGUCGGUGUUCCUUGGGUUUUUUAGUCAGGGUUUUUGCUUUGUAGGAUGGUCACAAUCUCGUUAGAUACCCGGCGGCGUCCAAGGUCAGGCAGGGUAUUGCAUUCAGGUUGAACCCAAGUGCUGGGUGUCAAUUGUCCAGAGAAUAGGCGCAUCAUGUUUCCUUUAGGUAGAAUGGCGUUUUGGUAUGGUAGCAUUUUUUUCCCCUCGAACGAUUAGGACGAGUUAUUUGAUCAUGUUGGACGCAGCGGUCUCGAGGUCACGGCCUCAUUUUGUUGUCACUAGGUACUCUUUCGAUAGUUGAUAUCCAUGGGUUUCUGAUCUUCACGACCAGUUGUGUGCAUUACCUGUGAGAAUUAACCACUUUAGUCACUAUAUUAACAGACAGACGUCUUUGAAAGAGUUACCGUCUCGCACAAGACUGCAUCUCUCACAAGUGUCUCCUGAUGAAUGCCUGCCAAUCGGUAACCCAAGCCGUUGAUCGAGAUGGGCUAACGACUGAGAGCACGGCUCAAGGUCUAUUUAUGUUGAUCACUAGAACGCCACUCGUGAUAUGGCAGGUGUGGGUGCAGCCAAGGCGCCGCUUUUCAGGUUUCGAGACUUCAAAAACCCUGGACUUCUAAAGGUCUUGUGCGUUUUCUUUGUUUUGACUUGUGAGCAGAAUCUAUCUAACGGCCAACCCGGUGGGAGGCUGCCAUGGCUCGUUCGAGACGAAAGGGGCACAGGAGCCGCUAGCGAAAAAAGUCUGCUCAAGAUUUCACUCUGGGCAUCUGUAAAUGAUCGAGACGUUCUCGGUGGAACAGGUCUUGAUGAUAAGGAUUGAUGCC